AUGUUGAAACAGUAUUCCCUCGCUCUCGUAGCGGCCUUGUUGACCGGGGCUGCUGCUCAGACCUACAGCGACUGCAACCCUACCAACGAGAGUAGGUCGACUUGUUCCUGUUCCGACUGUGCCGAUGACACUGCUCUCUCUUCUACUUACUCCUACGACUUUACCAGCGGCGAAGAUAGCGACAACUGGUCGUCUACUGCCUCCACCGACGUCGACUACACCUCCAGCGGCGCCGAGUUCAUCAUCACCGAACAGGGCGAUGCCCCGACUCUCCAGUCGGAAUGGUACAUCUUUUUCGGCCGUGUCGAAGUGCACAUGAAGGCCGCCUCUGGAACCGGCAUUGUCUCUUCCGUUGUCCUCCUCUCCGAUGAUCUAGACGAGCUUGAUUGGGAAUUCCUCGGCGGUGAUGCCAACGAGGUCCAGACCAUCUACUUCGGCCAGGGUAACAGCACAUCGACCGACCGCGAAGUCGACGUCGCCGUGGACGACGCCCAGAGCACCAGCCACAACUACACUCUUUACUGGACCGAGGAGUCGUGUGUCUGGUACCUCGAUGGCACCGCAAUGCGCACCCUGAACUACGCCGACGCCGACAACGGCAACCAGUAUCCCCAGACUCCCAUGCGCGUCAAGCUUGGUAUUUGGGCCGGUGGCGACAGCGACAACUCCGAGGGCACUAUUACUUGGGCUGGCGGCGAGACCGACUACGAUGACGGUCCUUUCACCAUGACUGUCGAGAGCAUCAAGGUCACCAACUUCAACCCCGGCUCUAGCUACACCUACACGGACCAGACCGGCGACAUGGACAGCAUCCAGGUUAACGACAGUGACUCCUCGUCUACCAGCUCCUCCAAGACUUCAACCAAGACCACAACCAAGGCUCCAACCAAGACUUCCGCUUCCACCGCCUCGGCCACCAACAGCUCCGGCACAACUCCCACCUCCUCCAGCAUCGCCGUUGUCACCUCUACCACCUCCGGCCUCGGCUUGAUCAUCGCCCCCAGCGCCUGGAUGGUUGUUGGUGCCGUUGCCGUCGCCGUCCUUGGACACUUUUAA